UUGGAGCCAAUUCGUCAUAAUGACGAUGCAGUUCGGAAAUUUGGUAUUCAUCAAGCGGUGCACCUAUGUCGAGAAUUAUUGAAUAAGGGUCUUACGACUUCAAUUCAUUUGUAUACUUUGAACCGUGAAUCGGCUUCUCGUGAGAUACUUCAAGAACUUGGAUUAUGGAUUAAAAAACCUAUGCGUACUUUGCCAUGGAAAUCGUUUGGCUGUAAUCAUCCGGUGCGAUAUAAAGAAACAGUGCGGCCGAUAUUUUGGUCCACUCGGCCGAAUUCUUAUGUUUUUCGUACACAGGACUGGGAUGAUUUUCCCAAUGGUCGUUGGGGAAAUAGUUCCUCGCCGGCUUUUAAUGAUCUUGCUGAUUAUUAUUUGUUCUAUUUAAAAGGUCAUCUAUCAAAGGAGGAUCAGUUAAAAAUGUAUGGAGAAUUAAAAAGUAUUGUUGAUGUACAAAAUAUUUUCGUCAGUUUUAUAUCUCAGCAACCGAAUCAAAAUGGAAUAAAAGUGACUCGAUUACCUUGGAAUGAACAGGAAAUCGGCACGCAGCCAGAAACUUCAUUGAUCAAAGAACAAUUAAUUUGGUGCAACAAGCAUGGAAUUCUCACAAUAAAUAGUCAACCAGCUGUAAAUGGUGCAUCGAGCACUGAUCCUUUGGUUGGAUGGGGCAAACCAGGUGGUUAUUGCUAUCAGAAAGCUUAUCUCGAAUUUUUUACAUCUCAAAAGAAUACUGAAUCUCUUCGCCAACUAUUACCAUUAUACCCUCGCCUUAGUUGUCAAAUAAUUAAUCAUAAUGCAACAAUUGAUUGGACUAAUGGAGAAUCUACGAUGCCUAUCGCUGUUACGUGGGGAGUAUUUCCGGGUUCAGAAAUCGCCCAACCAACUGUCGUUGAUCCACUUUCAUUUCGAGUUUGGAAAGAUGAAGCUUUCGAAACUUGGAAUAAUUGGUAA